AUGGCGACUCUGGCGGAGAAGCUUGAGAAAAUCAAGUCUCCCAAGUUGCAGAACCAGCAUCAUACUGCUGUGGUGCUCUCUGCAGUGGAGGAUACUCUUCGUGAUCAGAAGACAGACUUCUCGCCUACCGCAUACUUUGCUGCUCUUCUUGCGCUGCUCACCCAAUCGCUGUCCGCAUCGCAAGGCAUCGUCAACAAGGACCUAGCGACAUCCGUGGUCUACCUUCUCGAUAUCACCACCGCCUAUGUCCCCGCCCCAAUUCUCUGCUCCAAGUUCUCCCAAAUCCUCGAAAGCCUCGCACCCGCGCUCUCCCUCCCCGAGGUCGAAGCCCCGCUAUUGCGUCCGUCGAUCGGCUGUCUUGAGUCUCUGCUCAUCGCUCAGGAUGCAGCGGCAUGGAAUCUCCCGCACACACAGGUCGGCCCGCGCCGCGCAAUGGCAGGUCUGCUGAGUCUUUCAGUUGAUCACCGGCCCAAGGUGCGGAAACGUGCCCAGGAGGCGCUUGUCAAGGUUCUCAAGGCGCCCCCGCCAAGCCCGUCUCUGGAUCACCCCGGUGCCGAUAUGUGUGCUCAAUCUGCGAUGAAGACUCUUGGCGAUAGCAUCUCCGCUGCUCACAAGCAAAAGAAGGGUCGUCACGAUGCUCAGGCCAACAACCACGAGCCUCUUAUCAUUCACUCACUGCAGCUGAUCAAGACCAUUGCUUCGGCGUCAGGUGGCUGGCCCAGCAAGAAGAUCGAACCGCUCAGUGAGCUUCUGAUGAACGCAUCCCGCUCUACCAAUGAGUAUAUCACCAUGGGUGCCUUUGAGGUCUUCGAGGUCAUCUUCGAGGGAAUGGCGGAUGAGUUCUCAUCUUCGAAAUUGCCCCGUCUCUUGGACGCUAUCUCCGAACUCAAGCCUGCCCAGAACGACUCACAGCUCCUACCGCCUUGGAUCGCAGUACUAUCACGCGGAUACGAUGUGGCUGCGCAAAUCACCCCCGAGGAUACUUUUGAAAAGCUGCCCGAUCUUUUCACCUUGAUUUCUGGGUUCAUGGCUUCGCCCUCCAGCAACAUCCGCGUUUCAGCGUCCGAGUGCCUUAUCUCAUUCCUGCACAACUGUAUCCCUAACUCGGUUAUCAUCGAGCCUUCUGUCUACGAUGAGAAGACUCUAGAGAAGCUGUCUCGUGCGGCUGUCGAUCUUCUCUCAGUGAAGUACCAGGCUGCUUGGAGAGAGGUGUUCAACGUUUGCUCUGCCAUGUUCGAUUGCUUCAAGUGGCGAUCAAGCCCGUAUCUCGUCAAGAUCGUCUCCACUGUCGGUGAACUCCGCACCAACGAGGGCUUCCACGGUAAGAAAGAAGCCGAUGCCGUCCUCGCCAGCGCUAUCGAGGCCAUGGGCCCCGAGGCAGUCUUGGAGAUCCUUCCCCUCAACAUCAUCGAACAGAAGGCCGGUCAACCCGGCCGUGUUUGGCUGCUGCCCAUUAUGCGUGACAGCGUGACCAACACGAAUCUCCGCCACUUCCGCACCGAGCUCGUGCCCUUGAGUGAGGCACUGUACCAGAAGGUGGUCAACUUUGGCGCUGCUGAGAAAUCUGUCGAAGUGAAGAUCUUCGAGACCCUGGUUCAACAAACGUGGGGUACUCUCCCCGGCUACUGCGAGCUGCCGCUUGAUCUUGUAGAGGCACUUGAUCAGUCAUUCGCUGAGCUGCUCUCCAACGUUCUGUACAAACAGACCGAAUUGCGUGUCGAUGUCUGCCGUGCUUUGCAAAACCUCGUUGAGUCAAACCAGGCUAUUUUGUCCGUCGAGAACGACGAAGAUGAUUUAAUCCUGCAACGGCGCAUCACCAAGGCUACUGCACGGAAGAACCUCGCUCACCUCGGCAGUCUUGCGAGCAACUUGCUGGCUGUCUUGUUCAACGUUUACAGUCAGACCCUCCCUCACUACCGCGGCUAUAUCCUCCAGUGUAUCAAUGCUUACUUGAGCAUUACUCCUGAAAAUGAGUUGAACGAAACGUUCAACCGCGUAACUUCCAUGCUUGAGUCAUCUCUGAUUUCCGAGCAAGAAGCAGCUGCCAAGCAAGCUGCCAACCCUCAGCCCCCAGCCGACAAGAUGCCGCCGACCUCCCACACAUUGAUUGAUCUCGUUAUCGCCAUGUCAAUCUACCUCCCCCGCUCCAGCUUCGGUGGCUUGUUUGCCAUGGCGGCAACCAUCCUCAAAAGCUCCUCCCCUAAUCCGGAUCAGCAACUCAUCAAGAAGGCCUACAAGCUGAUUCCCCGUCUCGGAUCGACGGAGACUGGCCGUGCUGCCCUCGAGGAGCGCAGCGGAGAGCUGCAAGCUCUCAUGCUGGCUACCACCGACAGCACGCCUGCCUCUGGCCGCCGCGACCGUAUGCUUGCCAUCACCGAGAUCAUCAAGCACUUGCCCACCUCAGACCUGCACUUCAUCCCGGCAAUUCUGUCUGAAGUGGUAUUGGGUUGCAAGGAGAGCAACGAGAAGGCACGCACAGCCGCCUUUGACUUACUUAUCCUCCUGGCCAAGCGUACUAUCGAUCCAGAGCGCAAUCCUGCCGGCACUGUCAUCCGCAGAUCGCUUGUGCCUGGUGUGGCAGCCGAUUUGCCGGAUGCCCCCGCUACUCUCGAGGAGUUCUUUACCAUGGUGUCCGCCGGUCUGGCUGGCUCCGCACCGCACAUGGUCGGCGCCACCGUCACCGCACUUUCGCGACUGUUCUUCGACUUCCAGACCCAGCUUCAACCUGAGAUGCUGAACGAGCUCGUUGAAACCGUCGAGCUGUUCCUUACCUCCAGCAACCGCGAGAUCGUCCGCUCCGUCCUUGGCUUCGUCAAGGUCGCAGUCGUCGUGCUUCCCGAUGAGACUCUGCGCCCCCGUCUCAGGACCAUGGUUCCCAGCCUCAUGGCCUGGAACAAGGAGCACAAGGGCCGUCUUCGCAGCAAGGUAAAGGGCAUCAUCGACCGACUUGUGCGCCGCUUCGGCGCCCCACUCCUCGAAGCCAUCGUCGGCGAGGAAGACCGCAAGCUCGUUGUCAACAUCCGCAAAGCCCGUGAGCGCAGCAAGCGUAAGAAGAAGGAAGGUGCCGAAGGCGACGAGGAAGACGAGGAGAAGGCCGCCAAGCCCCAAACCGGCAACGCCUUCGACAAGGCCGUCUACGGCUCAGACUCGGACUCCUCCGACGGCUCGGACGACGGCGACAGCGACGUCGAUGUCGACAACGUCGCGCAAAUCAAAGGCCGCAAGAGAAAGACCGGCCAAAGCACCCAGUACAUCCGCGAGAUGUCUCCCGAAGACAACCCGCUCGAUCUGCUCGGUUCCAACGCCCUGGCCAGCAUCUCCACCACAAAGCCCAGCCAACGCUUCCUCAACACCGGCCCAGGCUCAAAGAAGAAGCGCUCCGCCAAGCUCGACGCCGACGGCCGUCUCAUCCUCGGUGACGACGGCGAUGUCGUUGCUGAUGACGUGGAGAUGAGCGGUGCCGGCGACGGCGGCGUCAACGCCUACCUCGCUGCCGUCAGUGGACCCGACGCUGUCCGUCGUGGUCAGCGCGGUAAGGUCAAGAUGGGUCAGUCGUCUAAGAAGAAUUCCGGCGACAGCAUGGACGUCGACGAAGAUGAUCUCAAGCAGGACUUGCGCGCUUCUGGCGCCGGUCAGGCCUCUACUCGUCGUGGUCUCGGUGCUCCUAAGACUUCUGGUGGUUCUGGCGGCGGUCGUGUCGAGAAGCGCCGCAACCCUGGUCAUGCACCCCGGAGCAACAACCGGUCUGGAUGGGGGAAGAAGAGGUAA